GUUCAAUUCCCAGUAGAGUUAGAAUUCGAAUUUAUGGUACAUCCAAGGUGGUGAUGCAUGGAAACGUUUCAGGAUAUCUUCUAGUAAAUGCUGAGGUUGAUUCCAUGGGAGGAGUUAUUGAUAGUGGGGGUGGUAUUGGUGUCAAAACAUCUCCGCGGCGAACAGAAAUUGAGAAGGCUCAAGCGGAGCUAAGGCAAGAGUAUGAUGUCCGUGAGGAAAGGAGGAGAGAAUUGGAGUUUCUGGAGAAAGGCGGUAAUCCCUUGGAUUUUAAGUUUGGCAUUGCAACUUCACAAAGCGUCCAAUCUACAUCACUCACAGAUCAGCAAGCAGAGCAUUUUGUAAACAGUGAAGUCAAGGAUAGUUUUGCCCUGACUGCCUCACCACAUGGAGACUCUGUGGAGAGUAGCGGUAGACCUGGAGUUCCUACAAUUUCUGAACCCAAUACAGCAGAUAAUCUCUUACUGUUUGAUUCUGAAAACAAGUCAGUUGAAGGAGAAAGAAAUUUGAGAUAUCCUAAUAGGCAAAACAGAACUUCUGAGUCAGAACGAUCCUCCAAAGCAAAUACCAACCAGAAUACCAAAGAAACAGAAGAUUCUGCCAUCUUUCGCCCGUAUGCUCGAAGGAACAGAUCAAAGAUUAAUCGGGAUCCAUCACGGUCAAGCUCUACGGAUUUAGUUCAGAAUCGUGGUGGUCUUGCAACGUCUAUAUCUAUUCGCAGAGGAUCAGUGGAAGGAAAGGGUUGCAUUCCCGAAGCAGCGAAUCAAAAGGAUAGGCAUACAACUUCCGUAUCUUGUCCAAUAUUUGCAAAUUCAAAUGGUAAUAUCGUUCCAAAAAAUAUAGUUCCCAGCAAUUCGCUGAAUACUAAGGUGGAUGGUGAACCUGUUGUACGAGAGAGUACUGCUGGAUCUAAGACUAGUCUAUUGAAAGAUGAAGCCGACAUUACAUAUAGAAAAAGCUCUGCAUAUUUGUCAGUUGGAGAGUCUGGCCUUGCUGUGGAGAAGGCACAAAUAGUUUCGACUGGUACAGAGAUUGGUUCUCCCAAAGCUGGUCAGGAAAGUAGUUCUACCCAACUGAAUGGCCUAAGAGAUUCCACGGGAGAGGAAGAAAGCUUAACAAAUAGAGGAGCUGCAGGGACUAAAGGGUUAGAGUCAGAGUCUUCUCUUGCUAACAACAUAGAAGUAGAUGUAGGUAAUGGAAGGGAUCUUUAUAAAGUGGAGAAACUUGACUCGGAUGAAAUCUCUAUGCAGAAGGCUGUAAGAGUAGAGGGGUUGCUGAGUCAAACAGUUGAUGAAAUGACGAAAACUAAUAUUGAGAAUGAGACAGGUCGACCUACUACCAUUAUUGAUGAGUGCAGUCCUGAGAAAUUGGUUAAAAUUGAAAGUCAAAAUCACAGAAGUACAGCUGAGAUGCAAAAUGAAGAGAAAGGUUCCGAGACUGAGAAAAGGCUUCAAGAUGGGUUGAUUGUACCCGAUAAUGAAAGGAAAAUUGGUAGUCUUUUACCUGAAAAUCCUAGCAGCUCGUUGUACUCUGAAAUUCCUCAGGCAUCUGUAGACACAAGUUCCUGCGCAGUUGGCGAUAAUUUAUUGUCAGGAACUGACAUUGAAGAAUCAAAACAUCAGCCGAGCUCAGAUGCAGUAGUGUUUGAUACUGUGAAGGAGGACUCCAUCCUUGAGGAGGCACGGAUUAUACAGGCAAAGAGAAAAAGAAUUACCGAGUUAUCUUGUGGUACUGCACCAGUGGAGGUCCGUGAGAAGUCUCAAUGGGAUUUUGUCCUCGAAGAAAUGGCAUGGCUGGCAAAUGAUUUUGCGCAGGAGCGCCUUUGGAAGCUGACUGCUGCCGCACAAAUUUGCCAUCGAGUUGCUUUGACUUGUCACUUGAGAUUUGAGGAACGAAAUCAGCACAGAGAGCUGAAAAAAAUAGCUUCAAUCCUAUCUAAUGCUAUCUUGCAAUUCUGGAGUUCGGUGGAGGUUCCUGGGGAACUGGAGGAGACAAGCAUGGAAAUUGUUAAGGAGACUUGCCAAGAAUCUAAUUAUGUGAAUGGCAGAAUAUGUUUAGCUGCGGGUGUCAAGGAGUAUGCAAGUAGAUUUUUGAAGUAUAACAACUCUUCCAUCCCCUAUCAUUCAGCUGCACCGUCAACACCUGACAAUAUGUGCGACCCAGAGAUAUUGGACAUAUCUAUGGUUGAUCAGCUUACAGAAGCAAGCCUCUUUUAUUCAGUUCCAUCUGGUGCAAUGGAGGUAUACCAUAAGUCCAUUGAGUCGCAUCUUACACGUUGUGAGAAGUCCGGAAGUAGCAUGCAGGAGGAGGUUGAUACAUCGGCUUAUGAUGCUGCUGGAGAUACAGGAUAUAAUGUUACUGCUUUCGAUGAGGAUGAAGGAGAAACAAGUACCUAUUAUCUUCCGAAAGCUUUCGAAUCGAACAAAUCAUUUAAUACAAGCCACAAAAAAAGGAAGAAUCUGAUGAAGUCUCAUUCUGCCCGGUCAUAUGAUCUUGGAGAUGAUUUACCAUACGUCAACUACACAGAUGGGUCUAACUCAUCAAGCUUGAUGGCAAAAAGGCCUGCCAGUAAUAAUAAUAUUGGCUCAGUUCCGACGAGGCGAGUGCGCACUGCUUCCAGGCAGAGGAUUGCGAGUCCUUUUGGCUGUGCUACUGGUGGGAAUUUAUCAGUGCCCUCGAAGACAGAUGCGUCUAGUGGGGAUACUAGUUCUUUCCAGGAUGAGCAAAGUAGUUUACAUGGUAUAUCGGCAGUCCAAAAAGGCACAGAGGUUGAAUCAAGUGGUAAUUUUGAAAAGCAGUUCCCUUAUGACAUGGCUGAAACCUCAGGAAAACCUAAAAAGAAGAAGAAGACUCAUCAGGGAUCCGCAUAUGACCAAACCUGGCAUCUCGAUCCGUCAGUCCAUGUUGAACAGAAGGACCACUGGAAGAAGCGACCAGAGAAUCAUUUCGAUAUGAAUGGUAUGUAUGGUCCUCAUAGUGCAAAGAAGCAAAAGACCACCAAGCAAUUGGUAGAGAAUAAUUUUGAGAUUGCUAUUCCUCACACUGGAUCUAUUCCAUCUCCGGCGGCUUCCCAAAUGAGCAAUAUGUCCAACCCCAACAAAUCUAUCAAAUUUAUUGGAGGUCGUGAUAGGGGCAGAAAAAUAAAAGGCCUGAAGAUUUCUCCUGGCCAGCAUGGUUCUGGAAAUCCGUGGUCUCUAUUUGAAGAUCAGGCGCUUGUUGUCCUGGUGCAUGAUAUGGGCCCUAACUGGGAGCUCAUUAGUGAUGCCAUGAACAGCACUCUUAAAAUUAAGUGUAUAUAUCGCAAUCCAACUGAGUGCAAGGAGCGUCAUAAGAUUCUGAUGGAUAAGAAUGUUGGUGAUGGGGCUGAUAGUGCUGAAGAUUCAGGGAAUUCUCAGUCUUAUCCAUCCACUUUGCCUGGCAUCCCAAAGGGAAGUGCGAGACAGUUGUUUCAACGACUGCAAGGGCCAAUGGAGGAAGAUACCCUGAAGUCUCAUUUUGAGAAGAUUUGUUUGAUUGGGAAGAAGUUACAUUAUAAAAAGACACAGAAUGAUGGUCGGGAUCCCAAACAAAUAGUACCAGUUCACAAUUCACAAGUCAUGGCUCUUUCUCAAGUAUUCCCGAAUAAUCUGAAUGGAGGUGUUCUUACCUCAGGAGCCGAUCGUGGACAUCGCAUGGUUCCUGGUGGAAAUGCUAUGGGUGCAAGUGGAAUGAACAGAAGCACACCCAUGUCAAGGCCUGGUUUUCAAGGGAUGGGCUCCUCAGCAAUGCCAAAUACUGGUAGUAUGCUUUCCUCUGGUAUGGUAGGAAUUCCAAACACUGGAAAUAUUCAUUCCGGAGGAGGAGCUUCUCCAGGAAACUCCAUGCUCAGGCCUCGUGAAGCUGUGCAGCAUAUGAUGCGGAUGCAGGCUGCUCAAGGGACCAGUCCGGGGAUCCCAGCUUUCGGUGCUUUGAGUUCUGGAUUUACCAACCAGACAACUCCUGUUCAGGCGUACCCAGGCCAUCUUUCCCAGCAGCAUCAGAUUUCACCGCAGUCACAUGUGCUUGGCAACUCGCAUCAUCCUCAUCUCCAAAGCCCAAGUCAAGCUACUGGGGCACAGCAGGAAGCAUUUGCUAUCCGUCAAAGGCAAAUACACCAGAGGUUUUUGCAGCAACAGCAACAGCAACAGUUUCCAACAUCUGGUACUAUGAUGCCACAUGUACAACAACCUCAGGGCUCUUCUGUUUCUUCUUCUCCACAAAACAGUCCUCAGACUCAACCACCCGUUUCGCCCCAGCCAUUAUCGAUACCCCCAGUGUCGACCUCUCCUAAUAUUAAUGCUUUGGCACAACAGAACCCUCAAAAAUCUCAGUUGCCGCUUCAUGGUCUAGGUAGGAGUCCUCAGUCUGGUGCUUCCGGAGUGAACAAUCAAGCUGGAAAACAACGGCAGCGACAACUUCAGCAGCAGUCUGCGAGACAACAUCCACACCAGCGGCAGCCAACACAAGGUCAACAGCAGAGUAAACAAUUGAAGGGGAUGGGUAGAGGCAACAUGAUCCAUCAGAACAUCACUGUUGAUCAGUCACACCUGAAUGGUCUCACCAUGGCCCCAGGAAAUCAGGCUACCGAAAAAGGAGAGCCAGCGGUUGCAGUUAGGCCAGAUCAGCAGUCUAGUGCUGGGACUACUACUAGCACGCAUCUGCCAUCUAAACCAUUUGUUCCUCCCUUGUCUUCAAAUCAUUCACAGCAACUGCCGAAAGCUUUCCCUGGUACUUCGUCUCCGUCCCAACAACAGAUGCAAUUACAUUCAGAAAGUAGCAUCCAAAGCCAGAGCUCACCUGCGACCCCAUGUAACACCUUAUCCACCUCUAGUCCGUCAGUUACACCUUCUAACCAUCAGCAUUUGUUGCUACACCAAAAGCAGCGUAAUCAAGUGCAAUCAACAGCUCAGCGAGUUAUUCAUCAUAAUCAUCUAGGGAACUCUGAGUUAUCAAAGAAGUCCCAAGCUGAACGUAUGCCACGUGUUCCGCAGUCUGUCACCAAUACCACCCAAACUACUAGUAUGGGUACGACGAAGGGUAUGCCUCCAGCGAGUCAUGAUUCGAAAAACGUAAAAGCAGUUGGUUCUACUGCGGUGCCUGCUUUGGAAUCUCCAUCUAGUGCUGCCUCUGUGCAAAGCACAGCUUCUAAAGUAGUAAACAGUUCCAAUACAGAUUCAGCUGGGAAUGAUCCAGUAACAACAACGAACCAAGGACUAGCUCAAAAGCAUGUAUCUGGUGGCUUGCUGAGUCACGGGAUAAAGGCUGUGACACAGAAACAACAGUCUCUACCUUCAGAAGAAAAGAGACCGAAGUUGUCAGAGAAGCUGAGUGUACAAAAUCAGAAACACCUUGCUUCUGAGCAGCAGCAGCAGCAGCCUCAAUUAGAAGAAUCACAAGAAGUAUCAUCUUCAAAGCCUCCUGAUACAAAAGUGGAAUGAGAGGCAUAACAGAUGAUGAACCUAGAAUCUUGAGUAGCUGUAGACCCUGCAAAGCUUAAUAGGGAAGAUGGUGGAUAGGAUAAAAAUUCAUGCAGGUCUUUUUGCCUCUUUUGAACACAGAGAGAGAAGGUAUAUCAUAAUGUAAAUUACCACUUGCAUCAUAGAGAAGUAGUCUC